UCAAAAAGGCAACAAUUUUAUUUUUAAUUGUAAAUAAUACAAGCUUGUUUUAAUUUUUACGUAAAAGUAUAUGAAAUAUUAAUCGGUGUUUUUAUAAUCAAAACUAUCUUAAAUGAAUACUUAAUUAUACAUAUUUUUUAACUUUGAAAUUUAUCGAAAUCUUGUGUAGUGUUUCAAAAAAUAAUUUGUGCAUAAUGUCCUCAUCAGAUUCUGAUGACAAUAUUUACGGUAAUAUAGGAAAAAAAUUACUCAAAAUACGUCAAAAUUUCCAAAUUGAGGAGCCUUACGAAGAGAGUCCUGCAGAAACGAACAAGUCUUUUCUUAAUGAUAGUUUCUUAGACGAAUUAGUGGAAAAUUCAAAAAAUAUAGCUCCUAUGAAAUUAAAUUCCGAUUUGAGUUCUGCAACACGAAAAACCAAAAGGAAAGCCACGGGAAAACCGAGUAAACGAGGUAGAAAAUCUAAGAAGUCUGAGUCUUCUAUUGAUAGUGAUGAUAGUUUAAUUAAUGAUGUUAUUUUCGCUACUUCAAGUAGUACCCGAACUACCAGAAGUAAUAGUAAAAGAGGUGGUGAUAGAGGCCUAACCACAUCUAGAGGCUGGGACUUAGGUAGAGGCACAGGUAACAGUAGAAGCACUAGAGAUACCAGUAGAGGAAAAGCUAAGAGAGGUCGUGGGAGAGCUAGCAAAGGUAAAAACAACCAAAUAACAGAUCCAGAGAUGCAAGUUUUCCCCACUUAUAGUAUUGGAAACACCGAUGAAUAUCCAGAUGCCUUAGAAGAUGUAAAAUUAUUCAGUUCAAAGCAGAACACCAAUGAUAAUGAUGUCAUCGAAAUAGAUGAUAUAGUCGCAGAAGAAAAUGAAGAGCUGUCUGUAAAGGUUUACUGGCAGAGCAUAGAUGUAUACAAAUUUAAAAUAAGAAAGUAUCAAAAACUAACACAGAUUUUUGAACAUUUCUCUAAACAAGAAAAUGUUACCACAGACAAACUCUUGUUUACAUAUAACGAUAUGAUAUUGAAACCAGAUGACUCACCGGAUUCCAUAGAUUAUAAUAUAGCUAAGUUUAUCGAUGGUGGUAUUGUAUACAAUAAUAUAGCGACACUCACAACAAAAAAAAGUACAAAUGUAAAAAACAGUUCAGGAAUUAAAAUCAAAUUCCAAUAUUCAAAAUCUAGAAAACCUUUUGAGAUGUAUAUUGAACGGGACGAGAAGUUGUCAUUAGCAAUGACUAAAUGUGCUGAACACCUUGAAGUACUGUUAAAAAAUUUAAAAUUUGAAUUUGACGGAGAUAUCAUUACAGGGACUCAAACGCUGGAAGAUUUAGACAUGGAGGGCGAUGAAUGCAUUGAUGUGAAAAUUGUGAGGUGAAGUGUUGUAAUUAUAAGGUUUUUAAAAAUAA